AUGAGGUCCUGUAAUAGUAUAGAUGGGUCAAAGGGAGAGGGACCUAAUAGAUCCCCACUUGCAGCCAACUUUGCAGAAGGGGAAGUAAGGGAGGAGCCCAAGAGGAGGUCAGUAAGAUUGUCAGCUAAACCAGUCCUUGCAAAGGCUGAAUCUAAGCCCAAAAAGACAACAGGAAAGGAUAAAUCUGAGGACAAAAAAAUUCACACAAAAGGAAAAAAAGGAGCAAAAGGAAAACAAGCAGAAUUGACUAAUCAAGAAGAGAAUAAAGAUAGUCAUCUAUCUGUAUUACCUGCAGAAAAUGGAGAAACUAAAAAUGAAGAGGUCCCAGUCUCUGAUUCAGCAGGAGAGAAAGAAGCCAAAUCUGAAUAACAUCUUAUACUAAGUCUUUUGACAGUUGUCCCUGUCACCUCCCUUCUUGUACAAUUCAGAGGAAUAUUUUUAUCAACUAUUUUGUAAAUGCCAACUUUUUAGUAGCUCUAGAAACACAUUUUUAAGGAGGCAAUCCCACCUCAUCACAUUAAUUUUUUAAAACAUUUAGAUAAAUGUAAGCCAAUCUAAAGUGACUUUAUUUAGAAUCCUAUUUAAAGAGGUG